AUGGAGAAGACUGAUAAGCAACACAUGCAUGUUGAAGGAGCCGAUCCUAGUCCCCAGCGAACUGAAGCUGGGAAGCACUCUGAUUUCUAUAUUGAAGACCGAAUUGCUCAUCUGUCUGAGGAGCAUCGCCAGUAUCUUCUCGCACGACAUGGUACUUUGGAUCUUGAUCCUAUUCCUGACAUGAACGAUGCGGAUCCAUACAAUUGGCCACGAUGGAGGAAAAACAUGAACCUUACCCUCGUCGCCUUCCACGCUAUGAUGGCCACCUUUACAGCCGCUGCCAUUCAAUCUGCAUUCGAAAACAUCUCCGAGGACCUCGAAGUCAGCAUGCAACGAACUAGUUACUUGGUAUCCCUGUUCAUUGCCGUACUGGGUGGUGCACCCCUAUUCUGGCGUCCGCUGUCCAAUCGAUUCGGUCGCCGUCCGAUCUUUCUGAUCUCGUUGGUCUGCAGUCUGGUCGGAAACAUUGGUUGCGCGAAGAGUCCUUCAUAUGCUACAAUGGGUCUCUGUCGUGCCAUCACUGCUUUCUUUAUUAGUCCUGCGGCGGCCAUUGGUAGUGCCGUUGUUGCAGAGACAUUCUUCAAGAAGGACCGUGCGAGAUGUUUGGGUGCGUGGACAUUGAUGGUUACCAUCGGUGUGCCGGCUGCCCCGUUCAUUACUGGCUUUGUCGCUUUGCGUGUUGGAUACCGGUGGAUCUAUUAUAUCCUUGCGAUUGUCAACGCUGUCCAGUUUAUCCUAUACCUCUUCCUCGGAUCCGAGUCUCUCUAUGUCCGCAGUGAACAUGCCUCGCACAAUGUGUCUAGUGUCAAGGAGAGUCUCUUCAAGUUUGGCCGCAUCGACCGGACUCCUCUCAGACUUUGGGACUUCUUCCAACCAUUGAGCUACUUUGGCAAGCCAUGCGUUGUCCUACCAGCAGUUGCUUAUGCCAUGAUCUUCCUUUGGGGCAGUGUCAUGCUCACUAUCGAGAUCCCUCAGCUUUAUCCAGAGAUGUUCGGGUUCAACACGCAGCAAGUUGGUCUUCAGUUCUUGGGCUUGGUGAUCGGCUCUGUCAUCGGAGAACAGAUUGGCGGCUUCAUCUCCGACCGAUGGAUGUUGAUGCGUCAGAAGCGUCUUGGAGAGCCUCCUGCCCCCGAGUAUCGUCUUUGGCUGAGUUAUAUCGGUCAUCUCCUUACUAUUUGUGGUAUUGUGGUAUUUGCCAUCCAGCUUCGGGAUGCUGGGACUACUUGGAGUAUUACUCCUAUUAUUGGCGCAGCCAUUGCUGCUGGUGGUAAUCAGAUUGUGACUACUAUUGAUAUCACGUAUGCGGUUGAUUGUUACCGCGAGGAUGCUGCGAGUGUGGGUGUUUUCAUUACCUUUGUUCGUCAAAUGUGGGGAUUCAUUGGUCCUUUCUGGUUCCCUCAGAUGUUUGAGACUGUUGGAUGGGCUGGCGGUGCAGGCAUCAUUGUUGCGCUGAUUGUGACUGUUAGCAUUAUCCCUACCAUGUUGGUACAAUGGCGAGGUGCUACAUGGCGAUGA